AUGAAAACAUCGUUUGGAUUGAUCGCAGGCCUUUCAUUUUUUGGCAACUUGCUUCUUUGUCUGGUCAUUUUUAUGAAGCGCUCGAUGUUGAAAAAAACAUACAAUAUUCUUAUUUGUAACCUGGCCCUGGCUGAUAUGCUCACAGGGAUCUUCCUUGUUGUUACACCAGACUACUUGAUCGACAGGAAAAGCUUUCCCUACCCUAUUGGACUUGGAGGAGAGGUUUACUGCCGUUUGAUUGGUUCAACCUACAUUCUGUUUAUCUUUGGUAAAGCUUCAACUUCCACGAUUAUGUGUCUAGCUAUAGAUCGUUGGUACUCUAUAGUGAAGCCCAUACGUUACAAAACAGCUUUCAGUAAGCGACGUUUGUACCUGUACGUUACUUUAAUCUGGGCCUCUGCCGCUAUCACUCAAAUCAAUGAACUCUUCAUCACCACAAUAGAAGAUGCUGUUUGCACCUUCGUUACUCCAUUUUACGGAGAGCGGACUGAACGGAUCCUAAUUCUUCUUCACGUGAUCAUCACGUUCUACAUCCCAAGCAUAGUCACUUGGAUAACCUUUGGAGACAUUUGGUUGCACAUGCGCCAACCCAACAUUCGCCGCCAUUUGAAUUCUCACAACAAGGCCACCAAACGGUUACUGCGCAUGUGUGCACUGGCAGCCUUCUUUUUAACAUUAUGCUGGCUUCCAACAGAGACAUUUUUUAUUUUAUACAAGUUUGAGAUUCUAAAACUUCCCUUUGAGUUCUACUUAUUUACCAAUAUUUUAGCCAUGUCUAACUCCUGCUUAAAUCCAUGGAUUUAUUGCCUCAGUAAUAGAGAAUACAGAAAAGAGUUUAUCCGACUUCUGUGUUUCUUUAAAGUUAAUACGGAAAUCACCAACCCCAGUGCGUGCUUCGGUUUGGGGCGAAAAAGCAGAUCACGAUAUUCUCUUUCAGUUAAUCUUGACCAAUCAAAUUCAAAUGGUAAUUUACCUGCCGAUCCUUCUGUUAUCAGGCUUCGUAGGAUGCAGCAAGAGACCAGUUUGUCAUCCAUGACGUCUUUCAGCAACACAGCCUGUCUUGAUGCUAAUUCAUCAGAAUCUAUACCGCACGGUCUGGUCUUCCUGCAGGACAAUAACAACAUAUAAACGCUUCCAUACGUACAGCAGUUAUUCGGAGAGUUUGGAAGGACAUUUUCCGUAAAUAUUUCGACCAGAGAAUAAUGGAGAAUAACCUCUGCAAACCCUGAAUAUUAUAUCAUGGUUGUUUAGCUGCAAAGGCACUGUGCAACUCUGAUGGUGUAAAUGCAGAGACAUUGACUAAGGUCAACACUAGUUCCUUAAGUAAUGGGCGUAUCCAGAAUCUCCUUAUUUUAUUGUACAAGAGCCUGUUUUUCACUCAUUUUCCAGCUUAUAUGAGAGGUAUGUUUUCACUUCGGUCCUCUUCUUAUAAUCUUUGCGGUAAUUACAUACUGUCACUUAGAAAACAUAGAACAACUAGUUAUGACCUUAAUUCAUUUUCAUACUUCUCAGCUAAGCUAUGGAAUACACUGCCUGACUAUAUCCGCAUGAGUGCAUUUAAAGACUUUAGAAAGAUAAUCCAAGACCAUAUCUUUGUAUAGUCGCUCCU